AGCCUUCCAAGGAUUUUCUCUCUGUGCUAUGGGAGAUGUCAAAGAAUCAAAAAUGCAAAUAACACCUGAAACUCCAGGAAGAAUUCCUGUUUUAAAUCCUUUUGAAAGUCCUGGUGAUUAUUCUAAUCUCCACGAACAAACUGUCUCCAGUCCUUCUGUUUUUAAAUCGACAAAAUUACCAACUCCAGGGGAAUUUAGAUGGUCUAUUGAUCAACUAGCCGUAAUAAAUCCUGUAGAAAUAGACCCAGAAGACAUUCAUCGUCAAGCUUUAUACUUAAGUCGUUCUCGAAUAGAUAAAGAUGUGGAAGACCAAAGACAAAAAGCCAUUGAAGAGUUUUUCACUAAGGAUGUCAUCGUACCCUCUCCUUGGACUGAUCAUGAAGGGAAACAGCUUUCAGAGUAUGAUUCCAGUAAAUGUAUUAACAUCAAUAAUGAAUCUCCAAUUGGAAGAAAGCUGACCAUACAUUCUGAGACAAGCAAUGCUGCUUGCCAGACAUUGCUGUCUCUUCCUGUGGAUUUUAAUUUAGAAAAGGUAUUAGGUGACUAUUUUAGAGCUGAUGAAUUUGCAGAUCAAUCUCCUGGAAACCUCAGUUCUUCAUCCCUCAGAAGAAAGCUCUUUUUAGAUGGCAACGGAAGUAUCUCUGACUCCUUACCUCCAGCUUCUCCCAGAAGUCCUCGUAGUGGUGCUGAAGCAUCACUUGAGGUUUUUUAUUCAAUAGAUUUAUCUCCUGUGCAGUGUAGGAGCCCUGUGCAGACCCCGAGUUCGGGGCAGUUUUCUUCUAGCCCUAUUCAGGGUAGUGCAAAAAAAUACAGUUUGGGAAGCAUAACCAGUCCUUCACCUAUUUCUUCACCCACUUUCUCACCAAUUGCAUUUCAAAUAGGAAAGACACCACUCUCAGAGCAAAGGAAGUUAACUUUCCAUUCUCCUGAUGCUUCGUCUGGAACAAAUUCUCAUGGAAUUACCAAUCCGUGUAUCAGAAGUCCUUAUAUAGAUGGCUGCUCACCAAUUAAAAAUUGGUCUCCUAUGAGACUUGAGAUGUGUACAGGGGGUGCUAAGUAUCGGCCCGCACUGAUUCGGGUACCUUUUGCUCUCGAGGCUCACAGCGAAGAUGAAGGAGACAAGGCAGAUGUUCCUUCCACAGACGCCUCCUCCCUCGCCACGGGCACGGCUGGAGUCCACCUGCCGCAGCUGGAUGGUGACGUUUGUCCACACGGCGCGCACUUGGUAGUGACCGCCAUGUCUAUUACCCAGAACCAGUCCGGUGCUUCUGAGAAAGAAUUGGCACUGCUGCAGGAUGUGGAAAGUGAGAAGGAGAAUAACACUGUGGAUAUGGUCGAUCCCAUAGAGAUAGCAGAUGAGACCGCUUGGAUUAAGGAGCCCGUUGAUAAUAGGAGUUUACCCAUGACUGACUUUGUGAGUGGGAUCGCCUUCAGUAUUGAAAACUCUCACAUGUGCAUGUCACCUCUCGCAGAAAGCAGUGUCAUUCCUUGUGAAAGCAGUAACAUUCAGAUGGAUAGUGGCUAUAAUACACAGACUUGUGGAAGCAAUAUUAUGGAUACGGUUGGAGCAGAAAGUUACUCCAAAGAAAGUGAUGCACAAACCUUGGAAGUCGAGAAUAAAUCUCAAGUUUUUAAUAUAAAGCAAGACCACUCAAUGCAAAGGUGUUGGAUGAAAAUUGCAAAUCGUCCUCAGUGCGGCAGCCCAUAGAGUACCUCUCUCAGAACCAAAGACCCUAACUGGACAGCUCCACAUAUUCUUCAUGCGUGGGAUCCAUGAUGUGAUCGUGAUUGGGAGGAAACUGCUUCAAUUAACAUGCUGAGCUUCUUUUCUUUCCCUCCUUAAUGUGAAAAAUCAAGGGCUUAAU